AUGACGGUUGCUUCGAGCUCUUUGGGUGUGGCUAAGAGACGUGAUGAGGACUUUGACAGAUACCCAGUGGGCAAAAAAUUGAGAUUUAAUAGUGUCAGAUACGAGGAUUUCAAACCUGGAGCUUUAAUCAAGAUGAGAUUGGUGAAUUUUGUCACUUAUAAGUUGACGGAAUUCGAUCUCUCGCCCUCUUUGAACAUGAUCAUAGGUCCAAAUGGAUCGGGAAAGUCGACUUUUGUAUGUGCAGUAUGCCUUGGGUUGGCAGGCAAGACGGAGCUCCUUGGCAGAAGUAAAAAGGUUACGGAUUUCAUCAAAAAUGGGGAAGAUAGCGGGCUUAUCGAAAUCACUCUGAAGAACUCUGGGAAAUUGCAGGACAUUCCGCAUGUAAAUGCUGAGGACCAGAUAAUAAAGAUCACUCGGCGGAUAACGAGGCUUAAGACGAGGACUGAAUACUUUAUUAAUGAUCGAGAAGUUACAGAGCAUGUGGUCAGAGCACUUGUCGCCGGAUUGAACAUUCAGUUGGAUAACCUGUGUCAAUUCCUAUCGCAGGAGCGUGUUGCCAGCUUCGCGGGACUGAAAUCUGACAAGUUGUUGGUGGAGACGCUCCGAUCUAUUGAUCUGGGUUUAUGUGAGAUGCUAGCAAGCCUCAAGACUCAUCAAUCAGAGGAGAACGACUUUCAGAAGCAGUUGAACUCAAAGCAGAAAAGGCUUGAUGAGCUGCUCAAGAAACGCAACGAGCUACAAGGAUCUGUGGAGCAGCUACGACACUACCAGGAGAAGAGGAAAAGAAUAGAUAUCCACAGGAAACUGAUACCCUAUGUGCGUAUCAAAGCUGUCGCAGCGGAACGGCGGCUUCGGAGAGCGGAGUUAAAUCAAGCUGUGAGGAACCUAAAGGAGUUCUUGAAGGAGAAAUCACCGUUAGUCGAAUUAGACAGUCAGAUCAAGGAAAAGGUGGCCUCUGCUGCCGAGGAGCUGAAGACUACAGAGGAGCUAUUCGAAAAGUUGAAGGCAGCCUGCACAGAAAGGGCAGAAAAACUGUGUGAUAUCAGAAGUCGGAUUGGAAGAAAGAAGUUGAACGCCGAAUCAUGCCAGAAGAGAAGAAGCCGAUUACGGGCUGAGAUAGCCCACAAAAGGCAGGAACUGGAUCAAGAGCGGGCUGCGUUGAGAACCGGACAGAUGCCCGACCCUGCGCUCUUCUCGCAGCUUGAAGCCCGGCAAAAUGAUCUGAUCCGGCACGAAAGUGAAAUCAAAAGGGCGAUAAGAGAAGCAGAGUCGAAUAUAACAAACAAAAAUUACGAGAUAAGUGAUCUAAAGAGAAGGAUCAUAACAAAGGAAGCCUUGCUGAGUAAAGAUGAUAGAAUCGGAGUCCUGGAUAACCUUGCAUCGACCGAUAGGGCCGGUGGUAAUAUAUUUAGGACUGUUAAGGAUGCUGUGGGAUACGUAAGGGACAGGCCUGAGAUGCGCCUAUCCGUGCUUGAACCUCCAGUAAUUGCGGUGUCAGUAAGCAGCCCGAAGUAUGCAGCGUAUUUGGCGCAAUGCGUGGACUUUAAUACCAGAAUAGCCUUCACUCUAGUGGGUUCCGAGGCAUAUGACCGAUUUGCCAAUGAGCUCUUGGAUAACUUCAGAGUUAAUACAAGGGAAUUAAGUGCCGCAGAAAUGAAGCCCCCUUUACCAAGAGAACAACUGAAGCGACUGGGUUUUGAUUUCUAUCUGUCCGAUAUUGUUACUGGUGAUGCCCGAGUCAUCAAAAUGCUGUGCCAGAACUGUAAUAUUCACUCGAUACCCAUUUCUCUACGCGAGUUGGCCCCACAGCAGAUAACGAAAUUAAUGGAACCAAGAAGCAAUGGCAAAUUACUUUUCACAAAAUUCAUUCAUGGUUAUAAGGUGGUAGACAUGGGAAUAGGUGCGUAUAGUCGUCAGGUAUGGACAAAAGAUUACGAAUGUGCCAAGAAAACCGACUUCUUUCAGAUUUCAGUUAUGUCAGAUGAAAAGAAAUCGAGCAUCAGAGCUGAAAUUUCGCAAGUACAAGCUAAAAUCGACGAUAUCUCAAAGAGUAUUGAAGAUUUAGAGAGCGCAAAGAAGGAGUCGAGAAACAAUUUAUCUAAGAGCUCUAAAGAAAAUGAGCGAAUUUCCAGAGAACUCCAGGAGCUAAAUGACAUUCGCAAGAAAUGGUCUUUAGCUGGUGCGACAAUUCAACGUUUGACAUCGGAAAUUGAAAAGUUAACUGAUGAGAUCGAAAGGGGUCUACCUUCGCAAAUCAAGCAGAUUGAUGACGAAAUCUCCACGAUAAAAACAUCACAAACUACUGUCCUGAGAGAGUUGGCUGCGACCAUCAAAAGACUCAAAGAGUGCCAAAAGGAGCUCGCUCUCUCUAACGUGAGAAACUUUGAGGCCAAGAAUCUGGAUAUCUCCAUGAGCGACGUUAUUCAGUCUAUCAAUCGAAAAGAAGAGGAAUUGAAUAACGAAUGCAAUAGCAGAAAAAAAAGGCUUGAAGAGGCAAAGAAUGUCAAUGUUCAAGAGCUUAAAAAGGAGAUUAAGUCUUACACCGAGGAAACGCAGCAACAACUGCAUGCCUAUGUUGAGAAAUAUGACAAUGAAGGAACAUUUAAUUUAGAGCACAUAGAAGGGAUAAUCGACAAACUAGAGUCCGAAGUCGCAACGUUGAAUAAUGACGAAUCUGCCAUCAGUAUUCUUGAUGGAGUUGAGAAAGAAGUAAGGGACCUGGAAAAAGAUUUACCCCAGAUUGCGAGUAAAUUGAAAGAGGUACAGGGCCUCAUAAGGGAAAAGCGGAAGGAGUUCGAGCCAAAAGUGGAUGACCUCGUUAAGAAGAUAUCAGAUAAAUUCUCUGAGCUUUUCAAACAGAUUGGGAGUAAAGGUUAUGUUGGCUUGAGCAAGCCUACCUCGUUCGCAGAAUGGAAGAUUGAAAUAAAAGUGGCAUUCAGAGACAGUGCAGAACUGACGAGGCUAGAUGCACAAAAGCAAUCUGGUGGAGAACGAGCUGUGUCAACGGUACUGUACAUGAUAGCGCUGCAGCCUUUCACUACAGCGCCUUUCAGAGUUGUGGAUGAAAUAAACCAAGGUAUGGAUGCUCGUAACGAAAGAAUUGUUCACAAAUUCAUGGUCACAAAUGCAUGCGUCGACAACACUUCGCAAUACUUUCUUAUCACUCCCAAGCUUUUGACAGAUCUAUACUACGAUGAGAGGAUGAUGAUUCACACCGUGAUGGCAGGGCCAUGGGUUCCAAACCCCAGUGAACGCCCAGAAAUGGCCUGUUUGGGCAAAACAUCGAAGUACAUUAUUUAA